ACACAUUUGGAUCCCAUUCCUGCGACAACACACUCCGAAGCGCCGUUAAAGAAAACUUUCCCUUCGGCCAGUGAACAGUUUAUUUUCCCGUAAACAGAGUCCUACCUUUCUACCUAUAUGUGACCUUUUGUUUUAUUGUAGUAGGAGGAGCGGAUCCUGUUCGGGCUUUGUUUCGCUGUCAGUCAGCCUAUUCAGAGCAACUAUGCGCCAGAUUCAGGUUUAGAAUUCUAGCAAACGGCAGAGAAUUUUUGUUGUUUUUUCUAAAAAGGAAAAAAAAAAGAAAAUCUCCUCGGAUCCAACCAGAAGGAUUUAAUAGUAUGAUUCUUUGUGUUCCAGGUCCCACUGCUCUCUUGCCUGCUGGUCCAUCAUCUGAAGCCCGGUGGGGCAUGCGAACGGGAACUGCACCUCCUACCCCUUGCCUUCAGAGCACCCCUGCAAAAUGGGACCCCACCAAAGACCUGCGUGCGAUUGCCAGCAACUUCUGCUACCUGGAAAAUUCAGGAUGGUACUGGGGAGCAAUAACGGCGGCUCAGGCCCACGCUGCGCUUCAGGACGCGUCGGAGGGAGCCUUUUUGGUACGGGACAGCAGCCACCCUCUGUACAUGUUGACCCUGUCGGUCAGGACUGCUCGCGGACCCACCAGCAUACGGAUCCAGUACAGUGGAGCCCAGUUCCAGCUGGAUUCCAGCACCCAGGCUCGGCCCAGCCUCUCCUCCUUCCCCAGCGUGCCCAGUCUGGUGCAGCACUACAUGAGAGCAGAGAGGACAGCAGAGGAGGGGCGGGUGGAGGACGAGGCCCCCUCCAAGCCCUGCCACAAUACUUUUGAGGAGACGUCCCUGGUACUGAAGCUGAGGUCGGCUGUGUACAAGCCUCAAGGCCUUCCCUCUUUGCAGCACCUCACACGGCUCGUCAUCAACCGACACACUGACUGCCCUGACCAGUUACCACUCCCGAGGCCUCUGCUGCGCUACAUGCAGGAGUAUCCCUUCAAGGUAUGAGGGGGGCAGGGGAUCUGUGAAAUCGAUCCCUGUGGCCGAAGCUCGGCUUAUUUCAACUUUCAAAAGACACUGUGAAACAGGCCUUUCAUGCCUGUGGAGGCCAGUCACAAAAAACAAGUGCAAAUUCAACUCAGACUCAGACUGACGCGUCUGGUUUCCAGACCUAAAACUGGCACGGACCCGACCGACGGAGAGGAAUCUCACAGAAGACGACUUGCAAGAGAAAUACAGUACUGUAAUCAACACUUACUUUGAGAUAGAGGUAGAAGUUGUCUUGUUUUUUUUUCUAAUCUUGCUAGUUCUGGAUGUAAAUACUGCUCCUGAGGGGGAGAAAGAACUAAUUCCACUGACUUCUUUUAUGCCAUUUUAUUUUAUUUUUUCAGCAAAAACUUUUUGUAACUUUUACA